AUGACAGCAGAACAACAUUCCAGACUUCGUGCCAGGAUUGCGAAGUGCGCCGUCCAGGCUCAAGUAGAGACAUCCUGCGCUAAGCUUCGCCUGCAAAAUGAUCACGCCCCAAACGCUAUCCCCUUGACCUUUGAACUGCCUAGGGAGGAUGACUAUCUAGACCCAAAAAAACAUUGUGCUCCUGGGUUCGAGUUUGAAAAUAUUGACGGAUUACCUCUCAGCUACUAUGAUCUCCAUGUCGAGGAACGGGUUCAUUUCAAUAUUGGAGUUGUUGGAGGUGGAAUGGCGGGCCUGUAUACCUCCUUAAUACUUCAAGACCUUGGACUUGGGCACGAGGUCAUUGAGGCAUCCCAAAGAGCGGGUGGACGGGUAUGGUCACAUCAUUUCAGUGAAAAAGAUGGUGACUAUUAUGAAGUUGGCGCCAUGAUAUAUCCCGACAUCCCAAUUAUGGCAAGGACAGCGAGAUUACUCGAGUAUCUCGAUAUAAAAAAGGAUACCACUGAACAUCCUCAACAGGGAUCCUUGAUUCCUUUCCAUUUCGCAGGACCAAACAAUCCUAAGUUCUUCAACAACAUUUUUGUUACGGAAAACAACCAGCUAAGCGCAACACCGGAGGAAGGCAGGAAUGUGGAUGCCUUCCAGAUAAGUACCCAAAACGGUGGAAUGGUGCCUAUAAGUUUCAUGAAGAGGGGCCUUGAGGAUAUCAUGAGGGAUGUUUUUGAUAGUUGGAAGCAGCGACUCAUUACAAACUUUAAUGAAACCUGGGCGGAGCUUAUAGCGAUUGACAAGACGGCAAUGUCUCUACGAGCAUACAUGAUAACAAAGUACCAAAAGGAGGGUCAUGACCCAGCGGAUAUAUACUACGUGACCAACUGGUGCGAAACAAUGACUGCAGGAACAACCCAUUACGAUGCGGCCUUCAUGUCAUGGGUUCUGCUCUCCCUCGCGUUUGACUUUCCCGCAACACCUGGAACAAGCAUUGAUCCCAAGCCUAUCCUGGAUAAUCCCCCCGACAACGUCUGGUGGACCUUGAAUGGCGGCAUGGAUACUAUCGCCAAACGAUUGGUCAACAAGCUUACAAAAAAGCCACUAUACAAGCAUCGAGUGACAGGAAUAUCCCAUGCUAAGACUGGAGCUGAAGAAUCAAUGCUUGUGACAAUUUCCCAGCUUCAGGAUCCGGGCAUGGCACCGAAAGUCAUUACGAAGGAAUACACGCAUGUAAUAUCUACCACCACGACCCCUUGUCUUUACAGCAUGGACCUCCGCAACGCUGGCCUGAAUUAUGCGCAGCGCGAAGCAAUUCGGGUCCUCCAGUAUGAUAACGCUGUCAAAGUUGGGAUCAAAUUCAGCAAGCGCUGGUGGGCAGAGGAGAGGGGCAUUAAUCGAGGGGGCAACGGAAACACUGACCGCCCAACCCGAGGAGUUACCUAUCCUUCAUACGCACUCGACACUCCCGCCGGGGAGUCUGGCGUCCUUUUCGCUUGCUACAACUAUGGCCAGGAUGCCGCCCGGCUUGGAGGUUUAUCUCGGGACUCGGGGAAAGAAUAUAACGAGGCUAUCUUCGACGCUGUCAUAGCCGAUCUAGCCAUUCUGCAUCGGUAUCCCGAAGAGGACUUACGUAAACUGGUCGUCGACUACCACGUCCAUAACUGGAACAUGGACGAGCUCACAAAAGGGCAUUUUGCCCUGUUUGGUCCGGGCCAGUUUUCCUCAUUCUUCGCACAACUCCAGCGGCCGGCUGCGGGUGGCCAUCUCUUCUUCGCUGGCGAGAUAACGAGCAUCCAUCAUGGCUGGAUCGUCGCCGCACUAAAUAGCGCAUACAGAGCGAUACAUCAGAUGCUGUUGACCGAAGUUGCCCUGGCGGGGAAGAAUAGUGUGAAGAAGAAAUAUAUUCAGUCUUUGAUCUCUCACCUUACAACAAAUUGGGGGUCAAGCGAGUAUGAGCUCGAACCCGAGUAUGAUCCGAACCCGCAAGGGACAGCAGGGUGGCAAGUGUUUUUGGGAAUCCAUGGGAAAGAUGUCACGGUGUAG